AUGCCAACAGAAACUUUAACCAGUGUUGACCCAACUUCAGAAGAUUUUACAACAGUUUCUGAAACAGGAGAAGAAAAAACACCGGCUCCUGAAACAAGCACAACUGAGUUGUCCAGCAUAUCAGAAACAACAGCAGAAACAACAAUUGAUUCAAAAACAGUUACAAAAGACUUAACAAAUGUUCCUGAGACAACAGAAGACAUAACACCAGAUUUUGAUACAACAAUGGCUGAGUUGUCAAGUGUACCUGUUUCUGAAACAGCCACAUUAGCUAUAACUACCACACUUGAUACAACAACUGUAAAAGCUGAAAUGUCUACCAUGUCUCAUACAACAUCAGAGACAUCACUUCUCCCUGAAACUACUACAGCCGAAUUACCAACUCUUGAUGACACCUCAGCUGAUACAACACUAGAUUCUGAAACAGACGCAAUAGAAGUGUCGACUGCCCUUGAAACUUCAGUCGAAACAACAGUCUUAAUAGUUACACCAACAGCAGAAACACAGACUUUGUCUGAUACAACUGUAGGAAUGAUUGAUCCUGAGACAACUACACCAGAAACAUCUACUGUACUCGAUACAACUGAAAAAGCAGAAACAUCUACUUUGCCUGGCAUGCCAACAGAAACUUUAACCAGUGUUGACCCAACUUCAGAAGAUUUUACAACAGUUUCUGAAACAGGAGAAGAAAAAACACCGGCUCCUGAAACAAGCACAACUGAGUUGUCCAGCAUAUCAGAAACAACAGCAGAAACAACAAUUGAUUCAAAAACAGUUACAUCAGACUUAACAAAUGUUCCUGAGACAACAGAAGACAUAACACCAGAUUUUGAUACAACAAUGGCUGAGUUGUCAAGUGUACCUGUUUCUGAAACAGCCACAUUAGCUAUAACUACCACACUUGAUACAACAACUGUAAAAGCUGAAAUGUCUACCAUGUCUCAUACAACAUCAGAGACAUCACUUCUCCCUGAAACUACUACAGCCGAAUUACCAACUCUUGAUGACACCUCAGCUGAUACAACACUAGAUUCUGAAACAGACGCAAUAGAAGUGUCGACUGCCCUUGAAACUUCAGUCGAAACAACAGUCGUAAUGGUUACACCAACAGCAGAAACACAGACUUUGUCUGAUACAACUGUAGAAAUGAUUGAUCCUGAGACAACUACACCAGAAACAUCUACUGUACUCGAUACAACUGAAAAAGCAGAAACAUCUACUUUGCCUGGCAUGCCAACAGAAACUUUAACCAGUGUUGACCCAACUUCAGAAGAUUUUACAACAGUUUCUGAAACAGGAGAAGAAAAAACACCGGCUCCUGAAACAAGCACAACUGAGUUGUCCAGCAUAUCAGAAACAACAGCAGAAACAACAAUUGAUUCAAAAACAGUUACAUCAGACUUAACAAAUGUUCCUGAGACAACAGAAGACAUAACACCAGAUUUUGAUACAACAAUGGCUGAGUUGUCAAGUGUACCUGUUUCUGAAACAGCCACAUUAGCUAUAACUACCACACUUGAUACAACAACUGUAAAAGCUGAAAUGUCUACCAUGUCUCAUACAACAUCAGAGACAUCACUUCUCCCUGAAACUACUACAGCCGAAUUACCAACUCUUGAUGACACCUCAGCUGAUACAACACUAGAUUCUGAAACAGACGCAAUAGAAGUGUCGACUGCCCUUGAAACUUCAGUCGAAACAACAGUCGUAAUGGUUACACCAACAGCAGAAACACAGACUUUGUCUGAUACAACUGUAGAAAUGAUUGAUCCUGAGACAACUACAUCAGAAACAUCUACUGUACUCGAUACAACUGAAAAAGCAGAAACAUCUACUUUGCCUGGCAUGCCAACAGAAACUUCAACCAGUGUUGACCCAACUUCAGAAGAUUUUACAACAGUUUCUGAAACAGGAGAAGAAAAAACACUGGCUCCUGAAACAAGCACAACUGAGUUGUCCAGCAUAUCAGAAACAACAGCAGAAACAACAAUUGAUUCAAAAACAGUUACAUCAGACUUAACAAAUGUUCCUGAGACAACAGAAGACAUAACACCAGAUUUUGAUACAACAAUGGCUGAAUUGUCAAGUGUACCUGUUUCUGAAACAGCCACAUUAGCUAUAACUACCACACUUGAUACAACAACUGUAAAAGCUGAAAUGUCUACCAUGUUUCAUACAACAUCAGAAACAUCACUUCUCCCUGAAACUACUACAGCCGAAUUACCAACUCUUGAUGACACCUCAGCUGAUACAACACUAGAUUCUGAAACAGACGCAAUAGAAGUGUCGACUGCCCUUGAAACUUCAGUCGAAACAACAGUCCUAAUGGUUACACCAACAGCAGAAACACAGACUUUGUCUGAUACAACUGUAGAAAUGAUUGAUCCUGAGACAACUACACCAGAAACAUCUACUGUACUCGAUACAACUGAAAAAGCAGAAACAUCUACUUUGCCUGGCAUGCCAACAGAAACUUUAACCAGUGUUGACCCAACUUCAGAAGAUUUUACAACAGUUUCUGAAACAGGAGAAGAAAAAACACCGGCUCCUGAAACAAGCACAACUGAGUUGUCCAGCAUAUCAGAAACAACAGCAGAAACAACAAUUGAUUCAAAAACAGUUACAUCAGACUUAACAGAUGUUCCUGAGACAACAGAAGACAUAACACCAGAUUUUGAUACAACAAUGGCUGAGUUGUCAAGUGUACCUGUUUCUAUAACAGCCACAUUAGCUAUAACUACCACACUUGAUACAACAACUGUAAAAGCUGAAAUGUCUACCAUGUUUCAUACAACAUCAGAAACAUCACUUCUCCCUGAAACUACUACAGCCGAAUUACCAACUCUUGAUGACACCUCAGCUGAUACAACACUAGAUUCUGAAACAGACGCAAUAGAAGUGUCGACUGCCCUUGAAACUUCAGUCGAAACAACAGUCCUAAUGGUUACACCAACAGCAGAAACACAGACUUUGUCUGAUACAACUGUAGAAAUGAUUGAUCCUGAGACAACUACACCAGAAACAUCUACUGUACUCGAUACAACUGAAAAAGUAGAAACAUCUACUUUGCCUGGCAUGCCAACAGAAACUUUAACCAGUGUUGACCCAACUUCAGAAGAUUUUACAACAGUUUCUGAAACAGGAGAAGAAAAAACACCGGCUCCUGAAACAAGCACAACUGAGUUGUCCAGCAUAUCAGAAACAACAGCAGAAACAACAAUUGAUUCAAAAACAGUUACAUCAGACUUAACAGAUGUUCCUGAGACAACAGAAGACAUAACACCAGAUUUUGAUACAACAAUGGCUGAGUUGUCAAGUGUACCUGUUUCUAUAACAGCCACAUUAGCUAUAACUACCACACUUGAUACAACAACUGUAAAAGCUGAAAUGUCUACCAUGUCUCAUACAACAUCAGAGACAUCACUUCUCCCUGAAACUACUACAGCCGAAUUACCAACUCUUGAUGACACCUCAGCUGAUACAACACUAGAUUCUGAAACAGACGCAAUAGAAGUGUCGACUGCCCUUGAAACUUCAGUCGAAACAACAGUCCUAAUAGUUACACCAACAGCAGAAACACAGACUUUGUCUGAUACAACUGUAGAAAUGAUUGAUCCUGAGACAACUACACCAGAAACAUCUACUGUACUCGAUACAACUGAAAAAGCAGAAACAUCUACUUUGCCUGGCAUGCCAACAGAAACUUUAACCAGUGUUGACCCAACUUCAGAAGAUUUUACAACAGUUUCUGAAACAGGAGAAGAAAAAACCCAGACUCCUGAAACAAGCACAACUGAGUUGUCCAGCAUAUCAGAAACAACAGCAGAAACAACAAUUGAUUCAAAAACAGUUACAAAAGACUUAACAAAUGUUCCUGAGACAACAGAAGACAUAACACCAGAUUUUGAUACAACAAUGGCUGCAUUGUCAAGUGUACCUGUUUCUGAAACAGCCACAUUAGCUAUAACUACCACACUUGAUACAACAACUGUAAAAGCUGAAAUGUCUACCAUGUUUCAUACAACAUCAGAAACAUCACUUCUCCCUGAAACUACUACAGCCGAAUUACCAACUCUUGAUGACACCUCAGCUGAUACAACACUAGAUUCUGAAACAGACGCAAUAGAAGUGUCGACUGCCCUUGAAACUUCAGUCGAAACAACAGUCCUAAUGGUUACACCAACAGCAGAAACACAGACUUUGUCUGAUACAACUGUAGAAAUGAUUGAUCCUGAGACAACUACACCAGAAACAUCUACUGUACUCGAUACAACUGAAAAAGUAGAAACAUCUACUUUGCCUGGCAUGCCAACAGAAACUUUAACCAGUGUUGACCCAACUUCAGAAGAUUUUACAACAGUUUCUGAAACAGGAGAAGAAAAAACACCGGCUCCUGAAACAAGCACAACUGAGUUGUCCAGCAUAUCAGAAACAACAGCAGAAACAACAAUUGAUUCAAAAACAGUUACAUCAGACUUAACAGAUGUUCCUGAGACAACAGAAGACAUAACACCAGAUUUUGAUACAACAAUGGCUGAGUUGUCAAGUGUACCUGUUUCUAUAACAGCCACAUUAGCUAUAACUACCACACUUGAUACAACAACUGUAAAAGCUGAAAUGUCUACCAUGUCUCAUACAACAUCAGAGACAUCACUUCUCCCUGAAACUACUACAGCCGAAUUACCAACUCUUGAUGACACCUCAGCUGAUACAACACUAGAUUCUGAAACAGACGCAAUAGAAGUGUCGACUGCCCUUGAAACUUCAGUCGAAACAACAGUCCUAAUAGUUACACCAACAGCAGAAACACAGACUUUGUCUGAUACAACUGUAGAAAUGAUUGAUCCUGAGACAACUACACCAGAAACAUCUACUGUACUCGAUACAACUGAAAAAGCAGAAACAUCUACUUUGCCUGGCAUGCCAACAGAAACUUUAACCAGUGUUGACCCAACUUCAGAAGAUUUUACAACAGUUUCUGAAACAGGAGAAGAAAAAACACCGGCUCCUGAAACAAGCACAACUGAGUUGUCCAGCAUAUCAGAAACAACAGCAGAAACAACAAUUGAUUUAAAAACAGUUACAUCAGACUUAACAAAUGUUCCUGAGACAACAGAAGACAUAACACCAGAUUUUGAUACAACAAUGGCUGAGUUGUCAAGUGUACCUGUUUCUGAAACAGCCACAUUAGCUAUAACUACCACACUUGAUACAACAACUGUAAAAGCUGAAAUGUCUACCAUGUCUCAUACAACAUCAGAGACAUCACUUCUCCCUGAAACUACUACAGCGGAAUUACCAACUCUUGAUGACACCUCAGCUGAUACAACACCAGAUUCUGAAACAGACGCAAUAGAAGUGUCAACUGCCCUUGAAACUUCAGUCGAAACAACAGUCCUAAUGGUUACACCAACAGCAGAAACACAGACUUUGUCUGAUACAACUGUAGAAAUGAUUGAUCCUGAGACAACUACACCAGAAACAUCUACUGUACUCGAUACAACUGAAAAAGCAGAAACAUCUACUUUGCCUGGCAUGCCAACAGAAACUUUAACCAGUGUUGACCCAACUUCAGAAGAUUUUACAACAGUUUCUGAAACAGGAGAAGAAAAAACACCGGCUCCUGAAACAAGCACAACUGAGUUGUCCAGCAUAUCAGAAACAACAGCAGAAACAACAAUUGAUUCAAAAACAGUUACAUCAGACUUAACAAAUGUUCCUGAGACAACAGAAGACAUAACACCAGAUUUUGAUACAACAAUGGCUGAGUUGUCAAGUGUACCUGUUUCUGAAACAGCCACAUUAGCUAUAACUACCACACUUGAUACAACAACUGUAAAAGCUGAAAUGUCUACCAUGUCUCAUACAACAUCAGAGACAUCACUUCUCCCUGAAACUACUACAGCCGAAUUACCAACUCUUGAUGACACCUCAGCUGAUACAACACUAGAUUCUGAAACAGACGCAAUAGAAGUGUCGACUGCCCUUGAAACUUCAGUCGAAACAACAGUCGUAAUGGUUACACCAACAGCAGAAACACAGACUUUGUCUGAUACAACUGUAGAAAUGAUUGAUCCUGAGACAACUACACCAGAAACAUCUACUGUACUCGAUACAACUGAAAAAGCAGAAACAUCUACUUUGCCUGGCAUGCCAACAGAAACUUUAACCAGUGUUGACCCAACUUCAGAAGAUUUUACAACAGUUUCUGAAACAGGAGAAGAAAAAACACCGGCUCCUGAAACAAGCACAACUGAGUUGUCCAGCAUAUCAGAAACAACAGCAGAAACAACAAUUGAUUCAAAAACAGUUACAUCAGACUUAACAAAUGUUCCUGAGACAACAGAAGACAUAACACCAGAUUUUGAUACAACAAUGGCUGAGUUGUCAAGUGUACCUGUUUCUGAAACAGCCACAUUAGCUAUAACUACCACACUUGAUACAACAACUGUAAAAGCUGAAAUGUCUACCAUGUCUCAUACAACAUCAGAGACAUCACUUCUCCCUGAAACUACUACAGCCGAAUUACCAACUCUUGAUGACACCUCAGCUGAUACAACACUAGAUUCUGAAACAGACGCAAUAGAAGUGUCGACUGCCCUUGAAACUUCAGUCGAAACAACAGUCCUAAUGGUUACACCAACAGCAGAAACACAGACUUUGUCUGAUACAACUGUAGAAAUGAUUGAUCCUGAGACAACUACAUCAGAAACAUCUACUGUACUCGAUACAACUGAAAAAGCAGAAACAUCUACUUUGCCUGGCAUGCCAACAGAAACUUCAACCAGUGUUGACCCAACUUCAGAAGAUUUUACAACAGUUUCUGAAACAGGAGAAGAAAAAACACUGGCUCCUGAAACAAGCACAACUGAGUUGUCCAGCAUAUCAGAAACAACAGCAGAAACAACAAUUGAUUCAAAAACAGUUACAUCAGACUUAACAAAUGUUCCUGAGACAACAGAAGACAUAACACCAGAUUUUGAUACAACAAUGGCUGAAUUGUCAAGUGUACCUGUUUCUGAAACAGCCACAUUAGCUAUAACUACCACACUUGAUACAACAACUGUAAAAGCUGAAAUGUCUACCAUGUUUCAUACAACAUCAGAAACAUCACUUCUCCCUGAAACUACUACAGCCGAAUUACCAACUCUUGAUGACACCUCAGCUGAUACAACACUAGAUUCUGAAACAGACGCAAUAGAAGUGUCGACUGCCCUUGAAACUUCAGUCGAAACAACAGUCCUAAUGGUUACACCAACAGCAGAAACACAGACUUUGUCUGAUACAACUGUAGAAAUGAUUGAUCCUGAGACAACUACACCAGAAACAUCUACUGUACUCGAUACAACUGAAAAAGCAGAAACAUCUACUUUGCCUGGCAUGCCAACAGAAACUUUAACCAGUGUUGACCCAACUUCAGAAGAUUUUACAACAGUUUCUGAAACAGGAGAAGAAAAAACACCGGCUCCUGAAACAAGCACAACUGAGUUGUCCAGCAUAUCAGAAACAACAGCAGAAACAACAAUUGAUUCAAAAACAGUUACAUCAGACUUAACAGAUGUUCCUGAGACAACAGAAGACAUAACACCAGAUUUUGAUACAACAAUGGCUGAGUUGUCAAGUGUACCUGUUUCUAUAACAGCCACAUUAGCUAUAACUACCACACUUGAUACAACAACUGUAAAAGCUGAAAUGUCUACCAUGUUUCAUACAACAUCAGAAACAUCACUUCUCCCUGAAACUACUACAGCCGAAUUACCAACUCUUGAUGACACCUCAGCUGAUACAACACUAGAUUCUGAAACAGACGCAAUAGAAGUGUCGACUGCCCUUGAAACUUCAGUCGAAACAACAGUCCUAAUAGUUACACCAACAGCAGAAACACAGACUUUGUCUGAUACAACUGUAGAAAUGAUUGAUCCUGAGACAACUACACCAGAAACAUCUACUGUACUCGAUACAACUGAAAAAGCAGAAACAUCUACUUUGCCUGGCAUGCCAACAGAAACUUUAACCAGUGUUGACCCAACUUCAGAAGAUUUUACAACAGUUUCUGAAACAGGAGAAGAAAAAACACCGGCUCCUGAAACAAGCACAACUGAGUUGUCCAGCAUAUCAGAAACAACAGCAGAAACAACAAUUGAUUCAAAAACAGUUACAUCAGACUUAACAAAUGUUCCUGAGACAACAGAAGACAUAACACCAGAUUUUGAUACAACAAUGGCUGAGUUGUCAAGUGUACCUGUUUCUGAAACAGCCACAUUAGCUAUAACUACCGCACUUGAUACAACAACUGUAAAAGCUGAAAUGUCUACCAUGUUUCAUACAACAUCAGAAACAUCACUUCUCCCUGAAACUACUACAGCCGAAUUACCAACUCUUGAUGACACUUCAGCUGAUACAACACUAGAUUCUGAAACAGACGCAAUAGAAGUGUCGACUGCCCUUGAAACUUCAGUCAAAACAACAGUCCUAAUGGUUACACCAACAGCAGAAACACAGACUUUGUCUGAUACAACUGUAGAAAUGAUUGAUCCUGAGACAACUACACCAGAAACAUCUACUGUACUCGAUACAACUGAAAAAGCAGAAACAUCUACUUUGCCUGGCAUGCCAACAGAAACUUUAACCAGUGUUGACCCAACUUCAGAAGAUUUUACAACAGUUUCUGAAACAGGAGAAGAAAAAACACCGGCUCCUGAAACAAGCACAACUGAGUUGUCCAGCAUAUCAGAAACAACAGCAGAAACAACAAUUGAUUCAAAAACAGUUACAUCAGACUUAACAGAUCUUCCUGAGACAACAGAAGACAUAACACCAGAUUUUGAUACAACAAUGGCUGAGUUGUCAAGUGUACCUGUUUCUAUAACAGCCACAUUAGCUAUAACUACCACACUUGAUACAACAACUGUAAAAGCUGAAAUGUCUACCAUGUUUCAUACAACAUCAGAGACAUCACUUCUCCCUGAAACUACUACAGCCGAAUUACCAACUCUUGAUGACACCUCAGCUGAUACAACACUAGAUUCUGAAACAGACGCAAUAGAAGUGUCGACUGCCCUUGAAACUUCAGUCGAAACAACAGUCCUAAUAGUUACACCAACAGCAGAAACACAGACUUUGUCUGAUACAACUGUAGAAAUGAUUGAUCCUGAGACAACUACACCAGAAACAUCUACUGUACUCGAUACAACUGAAAAAGCAGAAACAUCUACUUUGCCUGGCAUGCCAACAGAAACUUUAACCAGUGUUGACCCAACUUCAGAAGAUUUUACAACAGUUUCUGAAACAGGAGAAGAAAAAACACCAGCUCCUGAAACAAGCACAACUGAGUUGUCCAGCAUAUCAGAAACAACAGCAGAAACAACAAUUGAUUCAAAAACAGUUACAUCAGACUUAACAAAUGUUCCUGAGACAACAGAAGACAUAACACCAGAUUUUGAUACAACAAUGGCUGAGUUGUCAAGUGUACCUGUUUCUGAAACAGCCACAUUAGCUAUAACUACCACACUUGAUACAACAACUGUAAAAGCUGAAAUGUCUACCAUGUCUCAUACAACAUCAGAGACAUCACUUCUCCCUGAAACUACUACAGCCGAAUUACCAACUCUUGAUGACACCUCAGCUGAUACAACACUAGAUUCUGAAACAGACACAAUAGAAUUGUCAACUCUAAAAGCUGAAAUGUCUACCAUGUCUCAUACAACAUCAGAGACAUCACUUCACCCUGAAACUUCUACACCGGUAUCAUCAACUCUUGCUGACACCUCAGCUGAUACAACACUAGAUUCUGAAACAGGCGCAAUAGAAAUGUCAACUGCCCUUGAUAAUUCAAAGGAAACAACAGUCCUAAUAGUUACACCGCCUAAAGAAACACACACGUUGUCUGAUAUAACUGUAGAAUCGUUUUCUCCUGAGACAACUGCACCAGAAACAUCUACUGUUCUUGAUACAACUGGAAGAGAAGAAACAUCUACUUUGCCUGGCAUGACAACAGAAACCUCAACCAUUGAUCAUUCAUCUGCAGCAGAUUUCAGAACAGUUUCUGAAACAGAAGAAGAAAAAACACUGGUUCCUGAAACAAGUACAACUGAGUUGUCCAUCAUUUCUAAAACAACAGCAGAAACAACAAUUGUUUCAAAAACAGUUACAUCAGACUUAACAAAUGUUCCUGAGACAACAGCAGAUAUAACACCAGAAACAACAUUGGCUGAGUUGUCAAGUGUGACUGUUUCUGAAUUAACCACAUUAGAUAUAACUACCACACUUGAUACAACAACUGUAAAACCUGAAAUGUCUACCAAUUCUCAUACAACAUCAGAGACAUCACUUCUCCCUGAAACUACUACAGCCAAAUUACCAACUCUUGCUGACACCACAGCUUAUACAACAGUAGAAAUGGAAACAGACGCAAUAGAAUUGUCGACUGCACUUGAUACUUCAGUCGAAACAACAGUCCUAAUGGUUACACUGACUGAAGAAACACACACUUUGCCUGAUACAACUGUAGAAACAAUUGCUCCUGAGGCAACUACACCAGAAACAUCUACUGUACUCGAUACAACUGAAAAAGAAGAAGCAUCUAAUUUGCCUGGCAUGCCAACAGAAACCUCAACCAUUGAUCACCCAACUGCAACAUAUUUUACAACAGUUUCUGAAACAGGAGAAGAAAAAACACUGGUUCCUAAAACAAGCACAAUUGAGUUGUCCAGCAUAUCUGAAACAACAGCAGAAACAACAAUUGUUCCAAAAACAAUUACAUCAGACUUAACAAAUAUUCCUGAGACAACAGCAGACAUAACACUGGCUUCAGAAACAGCAAUGGCUGAUGUUUCAAGUGUACCUGUUUCUGAAACUACCACACUUGAUACAACAACUGUAAAAGUUGAAAUGUCUACCAUGUCUCAUACUACAUCAGAGACAUCACUUUACCCUGAAACUACUAGAGUGGAAUUAACAAGUCUUGCUGACACCCCAGCUGAUACAACAACACUAGAUUCAGAAACAGGAGCAAUAGAAGUGUCGACUGUCCUUGAUACUUCAGUUGAAACAACAGUCCUAAUGGUUACACUGACUGAAGAAACACACACUUUGCCUGAUACAACCUUGGAAACAUUUGCUCCUGAGACAACUGCACCAGAAAGUUCUACUGUACUCGAUACAACUGAAAAAGCAGAAACAUCUACUUUGUCCGACAGAACACCAGAAACUUCACCUAGGGUCGACACAACGGUAGCAGAUUUAACACCAGGUCCCGAAACAAGCACAAAUGAGUUGUCAAGCAUAUCUGAAAUAACAACAGAAACAACACUUGUUCCCAAAACAGCUACAUCAGAUAUACCAACUAUACUUGAUAUUACGACCGAAAAAGCAGAAACAUUUACUACGUCUAAUGCAGAAACAUCACUCGGAACUGAUACAACUACUGUACAUUUAACAAUUGUUCCUGAGACAACAGUAGAUACAAACCAGGUUUCUGAAACGACCACAGCUGCUGUGUCAAGUACGCUUGAUUCAACAGCAAAAGCAACAAAGGAAACUGUUGCUCCUGGCACAGCUACACCAGAUUUAACAACGGUGCUUGAUACACCAGCUGAAACUUCAGUUGUAAUACCUACAACUGAUGCAGCAACAGAGACAACACUUGUUCCUGAGACAGCCACAUUAUAUAUAACCACCGUACUUGACACAGCUGAAAAAACAGAAACAUCGACUGUGUUUGAAUCCACAACAAAAACUACACUUCUCCCUGACACCUCUAUAGAUGAUUUAACAACUGUUCUUGGGACAACAGCAGAUACAACACUGGCUUUUGAAACGACUCCUGAGGUAUCAAGUGUGUCCGGUGCAACGACAGAAACAACGAUUGUUCCUGACACCUCAGCAGAGGCAACACUGAAUUCUGAAACAAGCACAGCAGAUGUAGAGCCUGCAUCAUAUACAACAGUAGAAACAACAAAGGAAAGCCUUGUUUCUGGCUCAACUGCAUCCGAAGUAUCAACUGUCUUUGAUACAUCAGCUAAAACAAGAGGUACAGUUACACCUUCUGUAGAAACUCAUACUAUGUCUGAUACAACUGUUGAAACAACAUUUAUUCCUGAGACUACACCACAUAAAACAACUGUGUUGGAUUCAACAACUGAAACAGCAGAAACUUCUACUUUGUCCGACACAACUCCAGAAACCUCACCCGGUGUUGACACAACUGUAGCAGAUUUAACAAUAAUUCCCGAAACAACAUUGGUUCCCGAAGCAAGCACAUCUGAACUGUCCAGUGUAUUUGAUACAACAGCAGAAAUAACAAUCAUUCCAGAAACCACUACAUCAGCUUUAUCAACUGUACUUGAUACAACUAAAAUAGCAGAAACAUUUGCCACCUCUGACGCAACAGCAGAAACAUCACUACCCCCAGACACAACUACAGAUGUUUUAACAACUGUCCCUGAGACAACAGUGCAUACAACCCUGGCUUCUGAAACAACCACAGCUGCGGUGUCAAGUGUUUAUGAUACAACAGCUGAAACAAUGUUGACAGAAAUGGUUACAACGGGUAUGACAACCCUACUUGGUACAACAACUGAAAAAACAGAAACAUCUGCCCGAUCUGAACCAACAGCAGAAACAACAACUCCAGCUGGUACCACCACAGCAGAUUUUACAACCGUUCCUGAGACACCAGCAAACAUAACACUGGCUUCUGAGGCAACCACAGCUAAAGUGUCAAGCAUGUCUGAUACAACAACAGAAACAACGCUUGUUUCUGAAUCAACAACAUCAGCUACAGCCACCAUACUUGAUACAUCAACUGAAAAAACAGAAACAUCAGCUACAUCUUACGCAACAGCAGAGAUAACACUCCACCCAGACCCAACUACAGCAGAUUUGACACUUAUUCCUGACACAACAACAUAUACAACACUCCACCCAGACCCAACUACAGCAGAUUCGACACUUAUUCCUGACACAACAACAUAUACAACACUCCACCCAGACCCAACUACAGCAGAUUUGACACUUAUACCUGGCACAACAGCAGAUACAACACUCCAUCCAGACCCAACUACAGCAGAUUCAACCCUUAUUCCUGGCACAACAGCAUAUACAACACUCCACCCAAACCCAACUACAACAGAUUCAGCACUUAUUGCUGGCACAGCAGCAGAUACAACACUCCACCCAGACCCAACUACAACAGAUUCAGCACUUAUUCCUGGCACAACAGCAUAUACAACACUCCACCCAGACACAACUACAGCAGAUUCAACACUUAUUCCUGGCACACCAGCAGAUACAACACUCCACCCAGACACAACUACAGCAGUUUCAACACUUAUUCCUGACACAACAGCAUAUACAACACUCCACCCAGACACAAAUACAGCAGAUUCAACACUUAUUCCUGGCACAACAGCAGAUACAACACUCCACCCAGACACGACUACAGCAGAUUCAGCACUUAUUCCUGGCACAACAGCAGAUACAACACUCCACCCAGACCCAACUACAGCAGAUUCAACCCGUAUUCCUGGCACAACAGCAGAUACAACAUUACACCUAGACCCAACUCUAGCAGAUUCAACCCUCAUUCCUGGCACAACAGCAGAUACAACACUCCAUCCAGACCCAACUACAGCAGAUUCAACCCUUAUUCCUGGCACAACAGCAGAUACAACACUCCACCCAGACCCAACUACAGCAGAUUCAACCCUUAUUCCUGGCACAACAGCAGAUACAACACUCCACCCAGACACAAAUACAGCAGAUUCAACCUUUAUUCCUGGCACAUCAGCAGAUACAACACUCCACCCAGACCCAACUACAGCAAACUCAACCCGUAUUCCUGGCACAACAGCAGAUACAACACUCAACCCAGACCCAACUACAGCAAAUUCAACCCUUAUUCCUGGCACAACAGCAGAUACAACACUCCAGCCAGACUCAACUACAGCAGAUUCAACCCAUAUUCCUGGCACAACAGCAGAUACAACACUCCACCCAGGCACAACUACCCCAGUUUCAAGAACUAUUCCUGACACAACAGCAAAUACAACACUGGCUUUAGAAAAGAGUACAGUAGUGACUGUGCCUGAUACAACAGUAGAAACUCUCGCUCCUGACACAGUUACAUCAGAUGUAUCAACUGUCCUUAAUGCAUCAGCUGAAACCACAGUCCUAAUAGCUACAACUACUUUAGAAACCCUUGCUAUGACUAAUGCCACUGUUGAAACAACAUCUGUCCCUGGGACAACUACAGUAGAUAUGUCCACCUUACUUUAUACAAGAACCGAAAAAGCAGAAACGUCCACUUUGUCUGACCUGGCAACAGAAACAUCACCUGGUGUUGACCUAACUGCGGCAAAUUUAACAACCGUUGCUGACACAACAGCAGAAACAACAAUGGCUCCUGAAACAAGCACAACUGAGUUUUCCAGUGUAUCUAAAACUACAGUUGUAACAGCAGUUGUUCCACAAACAACUCUAUCAAAAAUAUCAACCACAACUGAUACUACAACUAAAACACCAGAAACACCUACCAUGACUGAUACAACAGCAGACACAUCACUUCACCCGGAUACAACUGCUCCUGAGACAAUAAAUACAACCCUGGCUUCUGUUACUACUAUUAUUCCUUCUGCAACUUCAACUGGAUCUACUCUUGCUACUACAACUUUUAACACAGUUGCAGCUGAGUUUACUGCUACUACCAUAGUUGUUAGUACAGCUGUAGAUGGAGAUAAUACUGCAAUGAUUUCUGCUCCAACUGCAGCUUUAAUUACUUUAGCUACUACAACUCAUAUUACAGUUGCAGAUGAAACUGCUGUUAUUACUACAACUCCUACCACAAACCCAGCAGAAAUUACAACUAUUAGCCUGAAUUUAACUACAACUGCCACAGAAACUACAACUGCUACAUCAGCCCCAGUUACAACUACAGCUGAAAUUAUUGUGGCUACAACAAUUCCAAUUACACCAGCAGUUGAAACUGCUGCUACUACCACAACUCUAACUACAACACAAGAUAAAUUUACUAGUGCUCGGAUUACAACUACAACUGCAGCUGAAACUUUUACUCCUACCAAUACAACCCCUACUACAACUAAAGCUGAAACUACUUUAGGUAACACAACUCCUAUUACAGCUGCUACUGUGUCUUCUACUGCAGCCGAAACUGCUGUUACUAGUACAACUUCUUCUACAACUGCAGCCAAAACUCCUAUUACUGCAGUUCCCACUGCAACAUCAGCUGUGACUUCCACAGCUCCUAUUACAGCUGCAGUUGAAACUGUAGCUACUACUACAACUUCUACUGCAACACCGGUUGAAUCUACUGCUCAUACUCUGAUUUCAAAUACAACUACAGCUGAAAUGAUUGUGGCUACAACAAUUCCAGUUACAUCUGCUGUUGAAACUGCUGCUACUACCACAACUAUAACUACAACACACAAUGAAUUUACUAGUGCUCUUAUUACAACUGCAGUUGAAACUCUUACUCCUACCUCUACAACCCCUACUACCACUAAAACGGAAACUACUGUAGCUAACACAACUCCUAUUACAGCUGCAGUUGUAACUGCUGCUACUAUGUUUUCUACUACAACUGCAGCUACAGCUCCUACUAUUACUGCAGUUCCCACUGCAACAUCAUCUGUGACUACCACAAUUCCUAUUACAGCUGCAGUUGAAACUGUAGCUACUAGCACAACCCCUUCUACUGCCACACCAGUUGAAUCUACUGCUCAUACUCUGAUUACAACUGCAGUUGGAACUACUACUGCUUAUACCACAACCCCUCCUACAACCACAGUUAACUUUACUGUGCCUUUUACAACUCCUAUUACAGCUGCAGUUGACACUCCUAUGACUACAUUGACUAACUCUGCAACUUCAGCUGGAUCUAUCACUACUACCACAGUUUCAACUACAACUGCAGCUGAAACUACUUUAGCCACUGCAACCACAAAAACUCCUACUACAACUGCAGCUGAAACUACUGCUAGUACCAGAGCUUCUACUACAACUUCAGCUAAAACUACUGCUAGUACCAGAGCUUCUACAACAACUGCAGCUAAAAAUACUGCUAGUACCAGAGCUUCUACAACAACUGCAGCUAAAACUACUGCUAGUACCAAAUCUUCUACUACAACUGAAGCUAAAACUACUGCUAGUACCAGAGCUUCUACUACAACUGUAGCUAAAACUUCUGCUAGUACCAGAGCUUCUACUACAACUGUAGCUAAAACUUCUGCUAGUACCAGAGCUUCUACUACAACUGUAGCUAAAACUUCUGCUAGUACCAAAGAUUAUACUACAACUGAAGCUAAAACUACUGCUAGUACCAGAGCUUCUACAACAACUGCAGCUAAAACUACUGCUAGUACCAGAGCUUCUACAACAACUGCAGCUAAAACUACUGCUAGUACCAGAGCUUCUACUACAACUGCAGCUAAAACUUCUGCUAGUACCAAAGAUUAUACUACAACUGAAGCUAAAACUACUGCUAGUACCAGAGCUUCUACAACAACUGCAGCUAAAACUACUGCUAAAACAAUUACAACUGCUACAACUACUACUAUGCCAACCACUUACUGCAAAAAUGGAGGUAUCCAUGAUGGAAUCAAGUGUAUUUGUCCAGACAUGUUCUACGGGACUAACUGUGAGAAUAUCAUAGAUAGAUCUCCACCUGUUAAGUCUGUUGACACCUCUGUGACUGUUGAGCUAAGAAUCAUGAACAAAGUGUAUACAGAGGAUCUAAAAGACCCCACAACAGAAGAAUAUAAAGAUUUUGAGGCUCAGUUUAAAACCAACAUGAGAUCAACAUAUUCCAGCAUCCCUGGAUACAAAGAUGUCAACAUUACAGAAAUAAAGUAA